UCCGCACUAGUUUUUCACGGGAGAAAGCUACCAGGGGCCCCACCUGUCAACCACCGAAACCCACACAAAAUACUUGGCUCUCAACUCAACCGCAUAUCCCCCCCUUCUCUCCGCGCCGCCGCCGCCGCCGCCGCUCGCCGGACUUACCCGCAUCCGCACAGAGGCGCCCCCGCCGCAGAAAGCCCCACAUGUGGCGCCGACCCGGGCAGCUCCGCCUCCACCUCGCGGCGGCGGCCGGAGCCGCUGGCCGCGGCGCCAGGAGGAGGAACCCGCUUCCCCCUGUCCCCACCGUGCCCUCCUCCUCCUCCUCCUCCUCCGCCUCUACCACCACCACCCGCGAUCUCGCAGCCUUCGCUCGGGGCUCCUCCUCCUCCUCCCGGAGCCUCUCGGACCGGGCAGGGGGAGGCGAGUGCUGGAGCUGCGGCGCGAGCGGCGCGUUCCUCUCAUGCGGGUCCUGCGGCAGCGUGCAGCCCGUCGACCCCGCCGUCGAUUAUUUCCGGAUCUUUGGCCUAGAAAGGGAAUACACCAUAAAGGAUAACAAUUUAGAAGGGAAAUACAAAGACUGGCAGAAGAAGUUACAUCCUGACCUAGUUCAUUCUAAAUCUGAGAAAGAGAGAGCCUUUGCUGCUGAGCAAUCAGCACUUGUAAUUGAUGCAUACCGCACACUGAGCAAACCUUUGUCAAGGGCAUUAUACUUGCUCCAACUAGAGGGGAUACCCAUUGAUGAAGAAAAGACUAUCACUGAUCCUGAACUUCUUAUGGAGAUGAUGGAGAUACGUGAAGCAGUUAAUGAUGCCAAUGAUUCUCAAACCCUGGAGAAGAUACAAUCUCAGAUUAAGAGAAAGCUGGAAACCUGGUCCCAUUCCUUCCAGGAAGCAUUUGAAAGGAGGGAUUUCGACCGUGCAGUGAAAGCUACACAGAGAAUGAGGUAUUAUGAACGCGCAGUGGAAGAAACCAUAAAGAAGCUCUAAUUGUAAAGUGUACAGUGGCAACAGAUGUGGAGGCUAGCCCAUGUUCUUGGAUGACCCAUGUUUACUACAUUGCUCUUAGGAUGAAAUAAUGCCGGAUGCUUCCUCACCACCACUCAACCAGCCAGCGCUCUCUUCACUCCAUGGUUGCAAUGCUGCAGGAAGGGGAAAGACAUAUUUCCACAUUUCUCCUCGCUGUAAAAAUAUUUCAUCACAGAUAUAUACAGGCAGCACUAGGCAGACAAUGAAAUGGAAACUGAUAUUUGUUAUUACCAAGAAUUACAUUCAUUCUUUGCUCAAUAAGUUAUAUGUAAAAUGUGCUACACUUGAAAAGUUCAGUGGGUGCAAAGCAGUUUAAAGCAUGGACAAGUUGAAGUUUAAA